UCCUGUCUUGACAGUUGUGGUGUCUGUAGUAGUAGAACAGGCCCCUGGUGUCUGUAGUAGUAGUACAGGCCCCUAGUGUCUAUGUAUCUAUCUAACUAUAAGACAACUCAACUCCAUGACAACCUGGAGACACUGGAGACAACAUAACACAGAAGAGGGAGGGGGGAGAGAUAAAAAGAGAGCGAGAGAGAGAGAGAGCAACGGAGGAGGGCUUUUUACUUGUGAGCUCUAUGUUACUGUGUGCCCUAUGUUACGUGGUCUCUCAUCUUCACAUUCGGACUAAAAGUUUCUGAAUUAUAAUAAGUUACCAUCCAGCCGCGGCGCUGCCCGUCACGCUCAUGAACGCGUAACCUCCACCAAUGAGAGGCUAGUGCGAAGGGAGCGGUUAAUUUGUCAUCGCGUGCAAGACAACUCUCCCAAACCCUACGUAACAACGAUAGACAUAUUAAAUGUAUAGACGUGUCUUCUGUUCACCGGGUUUUGCAGCUUAAUCAUGGUUUGGUUUGGGAAGAUAGCUCGACUCCACUUUGCUGCUCUCCGCUGCUGUCCGCCGCUCUACAGAACCGUGUCUCCGCUCCGCUCUACGGCCAGACUUUGGUGUUUGCAGGCGUCUCCCGUUCUGUACUACAGCACUCUACCUCCCUCUGCUGACUUGAGAGUGGACUACAAACAUGGCCGCCCCACCCUGUCCCUCCCCCUCCCCUCCCGUCAGGAGCGAUGUCACUUCUUGCUCCGCCCGUUGCUAAUGAGUGUUGAUGACUUCCUGUCUGACAUCCAGAAGGAAGAUCCUGGAGUUACGACUGCUGCUGUCCUCACCUCUGAAGGAGGAAAGGUGUCCUCUUGCACCUCCAUGGAUACGGUGCUGAAACAGAACUUCCUGCUGCAGCUCAACAGCACCGUCUACACCGUCCACUCUGCUGGGGGAGACAGCCAUGAGCAUGUGACCAUGCCAGAGGACCUGAAGGAGUUGGUGUUGAUGCUGCACUGUGCUCUCCAGCUGCCUGGUCACCAGCUCCACACACACAAUCAGCUGCAGCAGCGCAGACACACACUUACACAGGAGCUGGCCCCUCUGGAGCAGGUGCGGGCCCAGUUGGCGAGGGAAGCAGAGUCUCAUGCAUCGCGUGUUACGUGGGCGGGGCUUGCGUUCCUCUCUCUGCAGGGAGGAUUCCUGGCCUACCUCACCUGGUUUGUGUUUGCAUGGGACGUGAUGGAGCCAGUCACCUACUUCCUCACCUACGCCACCAGCAUGGGCUUCCUGGGGUACUACGUACUCACCAAGCAGGACCUGAUUCAUCCUGACGCUAAAGAUCGUCAGUUUCUACACUUUUUCUACAAGAGGGCAGCAAAGAAGCACUUCAAAGUUCACCAGUACAACCUGCUGAGGAAGGAGCUGGCUAUGGUUGAGAGCGAUCUGAAGCGUUUAAGAAAUCCUCUUGAGCUGAAGAUACCAGUGGACCAGAUCCAGGCCCACAACUGAAGACACGCACACACACACACACACACAUUUAUUCAUUUAGCAGAUGCUUUUAUCCAAUGCAACUUUCAAGAGAGAGCUUUACAAAAAAGCACUUGCACGCACACACAACGCGCGCAUGUCAUAUCUGGUCUGUUUUGAUAAACUAUACUACUUCCUGGA